AACAUCCAGCGAUUACUCGCCUACUUGGAGAAGAAUGAAGAUGUCUCUCUGGCCGACCUGGCGUACUCCCUGACGGCGAGACGUUACCACCACAACCAUCGCUUGGCGAUCCAUGCUGCAGACAUCAACGGCGUGAAGCAGCAGCUCACUUCCAAGUUGGAUAGUGUGGAGUCUCAGAAACCAAUUCCUGCCACGGGUGCGCCGCCGGUCGCCUUCGUCUUCACUGGGCAAGGUGCCGCCGACAAGUCGAUGAACUUGCAGCUCUACCAUCAUUCACCCUUUUUCCGUGCUCAGAUCGAACACCUGGAUCGUCUGGCCCAGCGACAUGGUUUCCCAUCUUUUAUACCAGCCGUCGAUGGUAGCUUCCCUAAAGACCACGCCUUUUCGCCGGUCAUCACCCAAGUCGCCCAUACCUGUAUCCAAAUUGCAUUGGCCAAGUACUGGGAAACACUGGGUGUCAAGCCUGAGGUUGUCAUGGGACACAGUCUGGGCGAGUAUGCGGCCUUCUGUGUUGCCGGUGUGCUUUCGGCAAGCGAUGCGAUCUUCCUCGUCGGCUCGCGGGCUCGGAUGCUCGAGUCUCUGUGCACCGUUGGAAGCCACAAGAUGAUGGCCGUCAAGUCCUCUCGAGCGGACAUUGAAAGCGCGGCAAAUAACAUGCCAUAUGACCUCGCUUGCGUCAAUGGGCCCAAGGAGACUGUGGUCAGCGGAACGACGGAGCAGAUGGAGGCUUUGGCGGUCCUUCUGAAGGAAAGAGGGCAUCGGUGCAUCUUCCUCGACGUCCCCUUUGCCUUCCACUCCGCCCAGAUGGAUCCAAUCCUGGAUGCAUUCGAAGAGACGGCAAGAAAGGGUGUUCUCUUCCGCGCGCCAACGCUGCCGGUCGUGUCUCCUCUGUUGGGCAAGGUCGUCUUUGACGAAAAGUCCUUGAACGCCGAGUACGUGAGACGAGCGACUCGCCAAACGGUUGACUUCCUCUCUGCCAUGGAGAGCGCGCAGGCCACGUCGAUUGUCGACAAGGACACUGUGUGGAUCGAAGUCGGCCCGCAUCCCGUCUGUACUGCCUUUAUUAAAGCGACCAUCGAUCCAGCUCCCAUCGCCGUGGGCUCGUUCCGCCGCGGCGAAGACAACUGGACCACCCUCGCUCAGAGCUUGGGGCAACUGCACUGCGCUGGCGUGCAAGUCCGCUGGGACGAAUUUCACCGGCCAUUCGAAGCCUCGCUUCGCCUCUUGGAUCUGCCCACUUAUAGCUGGAACGACAAGAAAUACUGGAUCCAGUACAACGGAGAUUGGGCCCUCACCAAGGGCAACACUUUCUACGAUGCCGAAAAGGGCCUUACCCGAGGACAGGCCUGCAUUUCGAACGCUCCAGCAUCAAGCCUCAGGACUGCUACCGUUCAGCAGAUCAUCGAGGAGACAUUUGAAGGAUCGUCCGGCAAGGUUGUCAUGCAGUCCGACUUGAUGCAGCCUGAAUUUUUCGCUGCUGCACACGGACAUAAAAUGAAUGGAUGCGGUGUGGUGACUUCGUCGAUCCACGCCGAUAUUGCUUACACACUGGGAGAAUACCUCUACAAACAACUGGUACCCAAUGCCAAGACUGUUGAUAUCAACAUUGCCAAUUUGGAGGUCACCAAAGGCCUCGUGGCCCAGAGCAACACCAAGACGCCACAACUCAUCCGUGUCACCGCGACCACUGCCGAUAUCAACACCGCCGUGGCCGACGUCGUUUGGCAGAAUGUCCACGGCGACGGAAGUGCUUCGGAUCCAUUUGCCACUUGCCGCAUCUUCUACGGCAAUGCAAAGGAGUGGCUGUCGUCGUGGAGUCCGCUGGUACACCUUGUCCAGGGCCGCAUCGAGGCGCUCGAGCGCCUUGCGGCGGAAGGGGUUGCCAACCGCUUCUCGCACAGCAUGGCAUACACUCUGUUUGCACAAAACCUGGUCGACUACGCCGACAAGUACCGCGGCAUGCAGGCCGUUGUCAUGAACGAGUUCGAGGCAUUUGCCGAUGUCACGCUCAAGCAGGUCCACUGCGGUGGUAACUACACUGUGCCGCCGUAUUUCAUCGACAGCGUGGCGCAUCUCGCGGGCUUUGUCAUGAACGUCUCGGACGCCAGCGACACGGCCAACACCUUUUGUGUGACGCCGGGAUGGAACAGCAUGCGGUUCGCCCGCCCGCUCGUCGCUGGCCAGAAAUACCGGUCGUAUGUCAAGAUGAUCCCGACCAGCGAGGAUCCGUCGGUGUACUUGGGCGACGUCUACAUCCUUCAGGAUGGUGACAUUAUGGGAAUGGUGGGUGGCAUCCAAUUCCGCCGGUAUCCACGCAUUCUUUUGAACCGGUUCUUCUCUGCGCCGGACUCGGCGGCAGCGAAAUCUUACGCAACAGAACCUACACCAGCAACAGCAGCAGCUCCAACCGUCAAGGUAGCGCCGCAGAAGGCCACAUCAGCUGCGACUCCGCCGGCUCCACCAGCCGUGGCAAAAGUCGCUCCUCCUCCAGCACCAGCGGCGGUGGAUUCGGACAGCACAGCGCGCAAAGCCCUCGUGCUGAUCGCCAAAGAAGCCGGAAUGGACGUGUCGGAUCUGACCGACGACGCGGCGUUUGCCAAUCUCGGCGUCGACAGUCUGAUGAGUCUGGUCAUUGCCGAGAAAUUCCGCGAGGAUCUCGGCAUCGCCGUCGGAGGCAGUCUAUUCCUCGAGUAUCCCACGAUUGGGGCAUUGAGGGCGUGGUUGGAGGAGUACUACAGCUAG